CAAAAUGCUUGUUAUUUGGCGGUCUUGCGCAUGCUCAGAACGCACACGCGUUCAUGUGGUUCCUACGUAGGCUCCAGUGGAGGUCACAGUGAACCGUCAGAAGCUUGGACCCUGAGUCUGCCAUGGCGAAGCUCUUUGAGUCCAUUGGGAAGUUGGGAUUGGCUCUGGCUGUUGGAGGAGGUGUGGUUAACUCUGCCCUCUACAAUGUUGACGCUGGCCACCGGGCAGUCAUCUUUGACCGCUUUAGAGGAGUUCAGGACACCGUGGUUGGAGAGGGAACGCACUUCCUGGUUCCUUGGGUACAGAAACCUAUCAUCUUUGACUGCAGGUCCCGACCACGCAACAUUCCGGUUGUCACUGGAAGCAAAGAUCUGCAGAACGUGAACAUCACUCUGAGGAUAUUGUUCAGGCCUGUAGCAGGUCAGCUCCCGAGGAUCUUCACCAGCAUUGGUGAGGACUAUGAUGAACGAGUGCUUCCUUCUAUCACCACUGAAGUACUGAAGGCUGUCGUGGCCAGGUUCGAUGCAGGAGAACUAAUCACUCAGAGAGAGCACGUGUCCAAGCAGGUCAGUGAAGAUUUGACCGAGAGAGCAUCCACCUUCGGCCUCAUUCUCGACGACGUCUCGCUGACACAUCUGACGUUUGGUAAAGAGUUCACAGAGGCUGUGGAGAUGAAGCAGGUGGCCCAACAGGAAGCUGAAAGGGCUCGGUUUGUUGUGGAGAAAGCAGAGCAGCAGAAACAGGCAGCCAUCAUCUCAGCAGCCGGUGAUUCUCAGGCUGCGCUGCUUAUCGCCAACUCUCUGGCAGUGGCAGGAGACGGCCUGGUGGAGCUGAGGAAGCUGGAGGCAGCCGAGGACAUCGCCUUCCAACUCAGCCGCUCGCGCAACGUCACCUACUUGCCCCCGGGUCAGGGCACACUGCUGCAACUGCCCCAAUGAGGCGCAUACAGUGCAUGAACGCAAACAUGAACUCACACACUUCGGUGCACUACCCCUUCCAGGAUAACUCGAUGAAGGAGCGUGGCGAGGAGAAAUGUGGAGACUGAAGAGCCUACACACAACGUAUUCGGGGUGCGAUAGGCAGCUCUCCUUUUUGCUCUAUUUGUUUCACCUGUUACUCUUCACUCUCUCUUUCGGCUGAAAUUACGGACUGGAAUUUUUCCACCAGUGAAACGGAGUCAGGGGGUGGAUCUGGAACGCAGCAGCUCCGCAGUGUGUGUGUUUGUGUUUGUGAAAUGCAACAACGUAUAAAUUGUGUGUUAAUGUCUGAAUGAGUUCCCCCCAAAAACAGCACUGUAACCUUCAAGAAUAAGAAGACGAGAAACGUCAAACGCAGUUAUAAAUAGUGGGUAAAAUCAUUUCAUCUGUUAGUUUCACUCUCUGUCCCUGUUAGCCUGACUGUUCUGAUGUUUUGUUCAUAUUCUUUUCUAAUUGUGUGGCAGAGAAGCACACGUGCAUUCCAGCAGUCACAGAUUGAUAGAUUUAAUCUAUUUCUACUGAAAUGUAAUGAACUUGUCAGUGUAAAUCUGAAUAAAUUACAAAUUUUGGUUUCUUGA